UCCUCUGCUCCCUCUUUGCCUCCUCCUCUCCCUCCCUCCACCCCUCCCUCUAGUCUCCGGAUCUCCCUCGCUACCUCUCUCCUCCUCUUCCUCUCUUCUCUCUCCGGACGCCUGGCUCCUUGCAUCCCUUUCCCCGGGGACCCCAAGGCGUGUGAGUUGACUGAGGGGCUCAGACUCGAGGACGGGGUGUCUUCUUGCUCCCGUCCUCGCUCCCGUCCCGGUCCCGGACUUUGGGCUGUCUCUUCUUUGUGCCGAGAUUGUCUCUGCGAACCGAGCCAGUGUUCCCUACCCUCACCUCCAGGAGACCAUGGCCACCAUCCCAGACUGGAAGCUACAGCUACUAGCCCGGCGACGGCAGGAGGAGGCAGCAGUUCGCGGCCGGGAGAAGGCAGAGCGGGAUCGCCUAUCCCAGAUGCCAGCAUGGAAACGGGGACUGCUGGAGCGACGGAGGGCCAAGCUUGGCCUGUCUCCUGGGGAGCCUAGCCCUGUGUCUGGGACUGCAGAGGCUGGACCUCCAGACCCAGAUGAGUCUUCUGUCCUUCUGGAGGCCAUUGGGCCAGUGCACCAGAACCGAUUCAUUCGACAGGAGCGGCAGCAGCAGCAGCAGCAGCAGCAGCAGCAGCAGCAGCAGCAGCAACAGCAGCGGAAUGAAGAGCUGCUUGCUGAGAGAAAGGCUGGGCCUCUGGAGGCCCGAGAUCGGAGACCCAGCCCUGGGAAUUCAAGAGAUCAGAGCCCCAAGGGAAGAGAGUUAAAAGAAGAGAGACUAAGUCCCAGGGAAGUCAGAGAGAGAAGGCUGGGGAUAGGAGGAGCCCAGGAGUCAAGCCCCAGGCCUUUGGAUACUAGAGACUGGAGGCAAAGCCCAGGAGAGGUGGGAGACAGGAGCUCAAGGCUGUCAGAAGCACGAAAAUGGAAGCUAAGCCCUGGAGAAACUCCAGAAUGGAGUAUGAGACUAGGAGAGCCUGGAGAACAAAGUCCCAGGAGAAAAGAGGUGGUGGAAAGUAGACUGAGCCCAGGGGAGUCUGGCAACCAGAAGUUGGGCCUGACAGAAGCCCAUAAAUGGAGGCCAGACUGCAGAGAGUCUGAGGAACAGAGUUUAGUACAACUGGAGGCUUUAGAGUGGAGACUGAGCUCAGAAGAAAGAAAAGACUGUUUGGAGCAAUGUAGGAGAAAAGAAGAAGAGAGGACAAUUCCAGGGAUAGCCCCAGAAGAGAUUACAGAGUUAUCAGAGACCCUGACAAAGGAUGCUCAAGACAAUAUCUCCAGAGGAGUGGAGACAGCAGAACCGAGGCCUAGCCCUGUGGAGGAUGGUGAGAGGGGCUUGAGGACAACUGAAGGGUGGAAAUGGACCCUGAAUUCUGGGAAGGCUCGAGAGUGGAUACUCACGGAUAUAGAAACUCAAACUGAGAAACCAGAACCUCCAGAGUCUGCUGAGAGGCAUCUAGGGCCUCCUAGUGUAGAGGCUGGAGAAGGGGAGGCUGAGAAGAACGAGGCAGGGGCUCAGAGCAGGCCUUUGAGAGCCCUGCAGAACCACUGUUCUGUGCCCUCCCCCCUCCCACCAGAGGAAGCUGGGACUAGAGGAGACUCGAGACAGCAGGAAGAGGAAGCAGUAGAACUCAGUCCCCCACCAUCAGUCCCUCUGUCUCCCCCACCCCCAGCCCCAAGUGCUCCCCAGCCCCCUGGGGAUCCCCUCAUGAGCCGCCUGUUCUAUGGGGUGAAGGCAGGGCCAGGGGUGGGGGCCCCCCGCCGCAGUGGACACACCUUCACAGUCAACCCCAGGCGCUCUGUGCCCCCUGCAAGCCCGGCCACUCCAGCUACCCCAGCCACAGGUGAUGCUGCUGCUACUGGAGCUGGGAAGAAGCGGUACCCGACUGCUGAGGAGAUCUUGGUUCUGGGGGGCUACCUUCGUCUCAGCCGCAGCUGCCUUGCCAAGGGGUCCCCCGAAAGACAUCACAAACAGCUCAAGAUCUCCUUCAGCGAGACAGCCCUGGAGACCACAUAUCAAUACCCCUCCGAGAGUUCGGUACUGGAGGAGCUAGGCCCAGAGCCUGAGGUCCCCAAUGCCUCCAGUCUUCCAGUGGCCCAGCCAGACGACGAGGAGGACGAGGAAGAGCUGCUGCUGCAGCCUGAGCUCCAGGGCGGGCUGCGCACCAAGGCCCUGAUUGUGGAUGAGUCCUGCCGGCGGUGACCAUCUUUCAAUAAGGAGACAUACCUCCCUCCUUCCUAGAACUGAAGAUUCCAGAGCCCGAUGAUUCAAAGCAGAUGGACCCUGAAAAUGAGCCUGGCAGGGACAGGCAACCAACAUUUUCUGACCUGCUUUCCCCAUCCUGUUUCUGGGGGCAGAGCCAAUUGCCCAAUUUCCACCCUAACCCAGAAUUCCUGGUGUGCCCUGGUGUGGUGAGGUCAAAUGGGCUGGAGCAGCCUAGGUGACCCAAGAGUAACCACCAGGUCCUGGGAGGAGCAUAGAAUUCACUGGGGUGUGGAAAUGGAGCAACCCCCAUCUCCAUGACAGGAUACAGUCUCCCCACAGCUUUCCUUGCCUCUUCACAAAUGUCUGAGAAUCCUCAGGAUUUAAGAACUCAUGUCCCUGGGAGACUAAACCCCACUCCAUUCACAGGCACUUGUUCCCCUUCCCCUUCUUUGUUUACAGCUACCUGCCUUUUCUUGUGAUCAUAGCCUAGUUUACAAAUUCCACCAGCUCCAGGACCCACCUGCAAAGUCCCAGGUUUACAAGCCACACCUACUUGCCAUGUCCUGGUGGAGUCCUCUCCCCUGUCCCCUUCAUUCCUUUCAUUGGGAAUGACCUGGGGCUGUGGCUUCCUCCACUUUUGCUCAGUAUUACUGUGUCUCAGUCUCCCCCAAAAGGGAAGACUGGGAAUCUUAACUCUGUACCCCAUGAAACAUAUUUAAUUCUGUCCCUCCUAAUGGUUCAAAUUGAUUUGAAUUGCAGUGGUGUGGAGUGAUUAAGGAGGCACCUCACUUCUCCUCCCCCAUUACUCCUUCUUUAUCAAUUUUGUCGUGUUCAUUUUUUAACUUUCUGUAAUAAAAUGGAACUUUCUCUGA